AGUGCGCGAUGACGUCGCUCAGUGAUGUUUCUAGUUCGAAUAAGUUGAAGUUCAGUGUGGAGAGUAUUUUGAGCAAGGAUAAGGAAGUGACUAGGCCGGAGGCGCAUGCGCCGUCGGAGCCCCCGUGUGCGGGUUGCGUCGCCGCGCUGUACCGGUGCUGCAGGGAUGAACCUCCGGUCCUGCAGCUGCCGCUGUCAUUGGCCUACACGCAUUUACAUCCCGCUUUGAGGCCUACGACAGUAUACCGGCUCCCGCUGACGUCAUCACCGCCUCAGCAGUCAGCGCCGCGCUGUGACGUCACGUCGACAGGCAAGAGGAAGCGGUCGUGGUCGCGCGCGGUCUUCAGCAACCUACAGAGGAAGGGGCUGGAGCGCCGGUUCCAGAUACAGAAAUACAUCACCAAGCCUGAUCGACGGCAGCUGGCGGCUACGUUGGGGCUUACGGACGCGCAGGUGAAAGUAUGGUUCCAAAACCGUCGCAUGAAGUGGCGGCAUACGAAAGAGGGCCGCGCGGGCGCUCCGGGCCGGGACCCAGAAGCACCCGACGACAACGAGGAAGUAGACGUCGAUACGCUUAGCGACUGAUUAAUUUGGAACUUAAUAUAACGCACGCGAUGCGAAUUAUGGGAUUUUAUAGUACGGCUGAUCGUCAGUAUAACAAUGUGCACGGUACAAAAAUGUUUUCACCACAACGGUUAAAGGUUCUCUUGAUUCUUCGAAAACAGAUAGCAAAAUUACAAGAGUGGAUAACCACAUCUAAGAAUAAUUUUGUGUCCCAAAAAUUAAAUCAGUUACUACGAUAGGUCAUUCAAUUAUUAUUUAUUGUGGCUUAACAUAUGAAGAGAAAAUGUAUUGUAAUAUAAAUAGUUAGGUAUACCAACUAGAAAAAAAAACAAGUUGUUAUAAAUGAACUAGUGUAUUUAUUUAAGACUGACAAUAUAUAAUAAAAGCUGCUUAUAAUAUUAGGUACUAAAUAAAAAUGGUGUUUGAAAUAUUUACAUAUGAAGAUGGGGAUACGAAUCACGUAAGUUUUAUACAUAUUAACAAGAAAUAGUUUCUUUCGUUAAUCACAAUAACUAAAUGAUAAUUUUACAUUUUUUACUUGUGAUAAGUGCUAUUAAACUUUGAAAUUUUUUAAAAGAUUUAAUG